AUGUACUCGGGCAGACGUUGGGUCGGGCCCGGCGGCACCUUGUUGCCCGGCCGCUGCCACGUCCGCAGGGUCCGCCUCAGCCCCGGGACAGAUCACUCCUUCCCUCUUCCAGGCACAGAAACAUUUCCCAGUGGAGUGGACAUGAAGGCUGAGGGUGAAACCGUCACGGAAUCGGACUUGAAGCGGCUGCCUGAGUUCAACCCCCCUUCCUUUAUGCCUUUUGGGAACGUGGGCACCCCUCUGAAAGUCUUUCUGGAGCUGAUCCGUGCCUGCAGGCUGCCUCCCAGGAUCAUCAAGAAAUUACAGCUGGAUUUCCCAAAGACAGGCUCAUCCCGGAGGUAUGGCAACGUGCCUUUUGAAUACCAGAACACUGAGAUGGUUAUAGAAGAAGAAAGAGUUUACACUGCUACGGGGGAUGAGAUCACAGAGGACGAGGGGCCUGUGGCAAGAUCUGAGGUGACUGAUCCAGCCAGUGCUGAGGAAGACGAGGUGGGGCAGGAAAAGGAGGAAGAGGAGUCGCACUCGGAUGACGACAAUGAUACCUGUGAGGAAUGGGAGCGACACGAGGCUCUGCAUGAGGAUGUGACCAAGCAGGAUCGUGUGGAGGAGCGGCUGUUUGAGGAGGAGAUUGAGCUGAAGUGGGAGAAAGGAGGUUCAGGCCUUGUCUUCUACACAGAUGCUCAGUACUGGCGGGAGGAGAAUGGAGACUUUGAUGAGCAGACUGCUGAUGACUGGGAUGUGGACAUGAGCAUCUACUAUGACAAAGAUGGAGGUGACAAGGAUGCUCGUGACUCAGUCCAGAUGUGGCUGGAACAGAGACUUCGAGAUGGUUUGGAGGAUGGGUCUACAUCAGGGCAGCAAAUCGGCACCUUUGAGAGAUACACCAAGGGCUUUGGCAGGAAGGUUCUGGAGCAGCAGGGCUGGACGGAGGGGCUGGGAUUGGGGAGCAACAACUCUGGAAUGGCUGAAGCUCUUGACAAUGAGGGUCAGAAUCCCAGGUGCAGGAGAGGUCUGGGGUACCAUGGGGAGAAACUGCCAGCAUUCAGCAAGGUGAAAAAGCCACGGAGAGAAACUCCUGUCCUCAUCUCAACCAUCUACGAUGACCCUGAGCCUGUGGACAGUGGUGACCAGCUGCUCAGGCGCCAGCCACCCACUGCCAUGAAGUACAGACAGGGCAUGCCUUUCGUCCGGGCAUCGCGUGGCACUCUGCAGAGCUCCAGCACUCAGUCACACUGAGCAGAGACAAUCACAGAGCCUUUUUACUGCUCCUGCUCCUGUUGACCACAGGCUGGCUCCUGCUGGUCUCAAUACUGGAGUAUAUUUAUUUUUGGAAGAAAUAACUUGUAACGGAAAAUGCCCUGAUUAUUUUUUUUAACUCCUCCUAGAGCUAUUAAAGUGAGGGGAGAUAUUAAUGGUCCUAUUUGUUCACUGGGAACGAGGUGGGAAUUGCAUUUUUAUGCCAGAGCUUUAAAGCCAAUACUGCUGCCUAGAUCAGCAGAGCUGCUGUGUUAGGUCCACAGCCAGCUCAGCCCAAAAAGCAGAGCGCAUAGUUCACAGCUCCUUGAGACCUAGGGCAGGACAAGUACAGACAGGGCCAGCUGUGGCAAUGUAACUGUCCUGCAGAAAGUUUGCUGCGGGCUCACAGCUUUGUCUUGCUUGGGCGUGACAAUCCCACAGUCCCAGCAGAAACUCACUGGGAUGAAAGACACGUCCUGGCAGCCUUCGGGAAGGCGUCUCCCUGUGGUCAGGUGUAGCAGCU